UCGGAAUCGUGAAUAUAGCGACGGGCAGCUCCUUCUCCGUCUCUGUGACAUCUGCUGUUCAGCUCCAUUGUUGAAGCUCUGCUACCUCAUAAUGAUGGAAGCUCAAGGUCAAGCAGAGCUCACUAGGCUGACGAAGAUGAUGCUGCCUCCUGAGCCCAGAACCUUCCACGACCGGGAAGACCUCAUCAACUACGUCCGUGAUUUCGGCGCUGCCCAAGGAUACGUGGUGACCAUCAAAAAGUCUAGGAGAGACCGGAGAGUGAUCCUCGGUUGCGACCGUGGCGGUGUUUAUCGCAACCGCCGGAAGAUCGAAGAAGCUAAGCGGAAGAGGAAGGCGAUGUCGCGGCUGAUCAACUGCCCGUUUGAGGCUAUUGGUAAGAAGGAGGAUGAAGUCUGGACGCUCACCAUAAAGAAUGGCGAUCACAAUCAUGAACCUCUGAAGGACAUGUCCGAGCAUCCGUAUAGUCGGCGUUUCACCGAAGAAGAGGUCAGGCAGAUAAAGUUGAUGACUGAAGCUGGAGUGAAGCCUAGCCAGGUGCUCAGGGCUCUGAAGCAGAGAAACCCGGCGCUGCACUCCACGCCGAGGCAUCUGUAUAAUCUCAAAGCUAAGAUUCGUCAAGGAAAUGUGCCAGAGAAGAGUUUGAAGUCGUGGAGACCUGGCCGAACUCUUCAUAUGGAUGCAAGUUCGAUGCCAGCUGGAGUGUUGAGAAAGGAAAAUGGCCACCCGGUGAAGGUUCCAAAUUUUAUUGGAGGGAAGUUUUUGGAGUCACAGGGGAGUGAAGUGGUUGAUGUCAUAAAUCCGGAAACUCAAGAGGUGGUCAGCCAAUUUCCUAUGACAACGGAUGAAGAAUUCAAAGCUGCAGUCAAUGCUGCCCAGCAAGCAUUUCCUUCUUGGAAAAAUACACCUGCAGCCACCCGUCAGAGCAUCAUCUUUAAACUUCAUGAUCUCAUUUGCCGCAAUACUGAUAAGCUUGCAAUGGUUAUUACAGAAGAGCAGGGUAAGACAUUGAAGGCUGCUGAAGCAGACGUGCUGCUGGGUUUAGAGGCAGUCGAACAAACUUGUGGAAUGGCAACUUUGCAUGCCAGAGAGUAUGUUCCUAAUGCAUCUAAGUCAGUCGAUACUAUUUGUAUUACAGAACCGCUUGGUGUCUGUGCUGGCAUAUGCCUCUCUAAUUUCCCAGCAACUGUUCCCUUGUGGAUGUUCCCCAUUGCUGUUACAUGUGGCAAUACUUUUGUUCUUAAGACCUGUGAAAAGAAUCCAGGAGUUUCUAUGGUGCUGGCAGAGUUAGCAAAGGAGGCUGGUUUGCCUGAUGGCGUCUUGAAUAUUAUUCAUGGAACAGAUGACAUAAUUAACCAUAUGUGUGAUGAUGAAGAUGUAAAAGCUCUCUCUUUCACUUCUUCAAGUGCAGUUGGCAUGCAUAUCUGCACUAGGGCCGCUGUUCAAGGGAAACGUGUUCAGGCUAAUUUUGGAGGCAAAAGUUAUGCAAUUAUUUUGCCUGAUGCAAACUUGGAUGCGACCAUGGAUGCUUUGGUUCCAAAAGGUAUUGGUGCUGCCGGGCAGCAGGGCAUGGCUCUUAGUAUAGCCAUCUUUGUUGGUGGUUUAGUACCAUGGGAGAAAGAACUAGUGGCACGUGCUAAAGCCCUUAAAGUUAAUGAAGGAACAAAUCCUGGUGCUGACCUGGGUCCAGUAAUCAGCAGAGAGGUAAAGGAUCGGACAUGCACUCUGGUUGACAUGGCUGUAGAGAGUGGAGCUAGACUUGUACUUGAUGGGAGGAAUAUUAUGGUCCCAAGGUACGAGAGUGGAAAUUUUAUUGGCCCAACAAUACUAUGUGAUGUCACUACCAGGAUGGACUGCUAUAAGGAAGAAAUUUCUGGACCGGUUCUCCUUUGUAUGCAGGUCGGAAGCCUAGAGGAGGCCGUGACAAUUAUAAACAGAAACAAGCAUGCUAUUGGAGCUGCUUUAUUCACGACAUCUGGGGUCACUGCAAGGAACUUCCAAAAUGACAUUCAGACUGGUCUGGUUGGUAUCAACACCGCUCCACCAUUUGCGUUGCCAUUUUUCUCAUUGAACGGGUCGAAAUCAUCUCUUACUGUGAAGGAAAGUGUACAAUUUUACACCCAGACCAAGUUAGUAGCUCAACAGUGGAAAGAUCUAAGUUUACGACCAAUGCUGCUGAUGAGCCCUCCAUCAGCUGAAAUUAGUUUGUCAGCACAAGGAGCAUCAGAACUGCAGUCAACAUCAGAAAAUGAGUCACCUCCUAGUCAAGGAUCACCAGUGACAGGAACGGCAUCUGAUGAUAGAGAUUCCCUGAGUUCUCCAACACCAGACAGAGACUAUUUACCGAAUUGGAGAGUCCCAAACACUGCUCCAUCCAUGGAUGGGCUUGUACCACCCGAACGGGAAAGAGACCUGCAAACCCGAGGAGAACUCGUGAGUCAGAUCACAACUACCCUACAUGGGACUGAAUCUGAUAGAACACAUGUUCCUUAUUUGCCAACAGUCGGUAAUAGCAACAGUCCAGGUUCUAUGAUGGCAGCAGAGAGUUCCGGUUCUGAGAGGGCAUAUAUGCUGACGACUUUUAGUCCUUUGAAUCAGAGUGCCAGUCAAGCGUUGCAAAGGAGGACUACCGAGGAUACAAAUUUUCCAGUCUCCGGGAGAUCAUAUAUGGCCUCGACAUCUCGGAGGAAUGAGGCCAUUUCUUUCCAAUCAGUUUCCCUGGAUGGAAUGUGCAGUGACGUGGCUUUAAGUGGAAUCGAUGGGAUAGCUUCAAGUUCUGAGAGGAUGUAUCUGCCUUCUUUGAUUCAAAGAAACCCGGGGAUGCUGCCUUUGUUGUCGGAAAGGCUGCAUAUGCCUUCGACUUCACAAAGGUUGUACCCUCAAAACUCGAUAAUCCCGAUGGAUGAGUUUCCUAGCUGACUCUUGAAAGGAUUGUAUAUAAUUAAGGAAGAGCUAAAUAGUUGUACUGACAGGCUUUCCUUUAUUUCACUAGCAAGAAGAUUGAUCGUUCGAAAGUCACGGCUUACAUUAUAUUCUUUCUUGAGAGGUAUUGAAAGCCUCAUCAAAAUA